UCAAUAUGUUAAAACUGGAGCUUGACUUGGGUCAUUAAUUUAAGUAGUUUACUGAUUACAAUUUGUAGCAGCUCAUGUACCCUUAAUACUGACUCAAAUUUCCUAGUCAGUAAAUUAGAGUAAUUUAAGAUGUACUGUGGGGAAAAUAUGUAAAAAAUAAAUGUUUUUUUUAAAAAGUAGUAUUAUAUAUACUCCAAAAAGUGUUAUAUUAUUAGAUAAUAAUUUAAAUUUUGAAUUCCAGAGUAGGUGACUCUUUGACUUCUGAUUUGUUUAGCCAUGGGACCAUCCAGAAAAUAAUCUAUUCCAUUUAUACUCGGUCUCUUUCUUUGUUUUUUAUCUUAAAUCUUAUAUGCACAUUCAAAGGUGCCAUUUAAAAAUAUUUUUUAUGUACUACUUUAGCUAAGAUAAAAGUUACUUAACUGUUAUUUCACUGAGGCCACAAUCAACAACACACAAACAAGUAUAAAAUCUUGAACAAAAAAUACCUUAGAAGGAAAUAUUUUGUAAUUAUGAAAGUCAUGACUUUUUCUUUUUUUUCAACAUCUUCAGAAGUUUCUUACUUUUUCACCAGAAAUAUUUCAUGGAGUAGAAAAACAUGGAUUGUCAAAAACACCAAUGGCCAAAUAUAUAGCCAAAAAAGGCCAAUACAGACCAUGAAUUUAAGAAAGAUGUUUGAACAAAACAUAAGCUGUCAUGUAAUUUUAGAAUUUAGUUAUGGUGAAUCUUUCCCCAAAAAACAACUUGAUAAAUUCCAUUCUGCAAAAUCCAAAAAUUUGUAAUGGAACUGGAGAAUAUUCAGAGACGACCUUAUCAGAUGUUAUCAUACCGGCGGGUGCUACUUUAUAACACCACUCAGCACGUUCUAUAUUUUAAAAUAUUUUUAUUAAUUUAUUUUUCUCUUUUAAUGUUCAACCUGAUCUUGUAAGGUAAAAUUAAUGUCCUCAUUCUGCAGGUGAGAAGAUUAUAGCAAGUAGUUCUACACAAUUCCUGAAAAUGCUAGAACUCUGGUGAUAGAUUCUAAUGUUUUAUCCCUUGAUAUAUUAUCUCAAGAGUUUGAGUGUGAGAAAGAAAUUUAUUUGAAUAUGACUGGUUUUAAUAAAUAAACCAGUUAACUCAAUUAUUUUGGUAAUGACUGAUGUUAACCAAUAAGUAAAUGUCAUUGUUGUCUAUUUAAUUCUGCUGAGAGUGGUACUUAGGAUUCGCUGUCCAGUCAUUGUCUUAUGAGUUGCUGCUGGGAAAUCAUGCAUUUCAGAAAAGUCAAUAUGAGGACAUGGUUAACGUUCCUUUUAGUCACAAUAUUAUGCAUACUGCCAUUAAAAUAAAAACUGUGAUUUCAUAUAUAUUUUCAAGAUUUUUUCCCUGAAGUGUCAACAUGAAAAAUGACACAGAAGUCACCACAUUUAUACUGAAGGGCUUCACAGACAAUCCUGAGCUGCAGGUCAUCUUAUUUUUUCUAUUUCUAGCAAUCUACCUCUUUACUCUAAUAGGAAUUUUAGGACUGGUUGUAUUGGUCAUUGAGGAUUCCCGGCUCCACAACCCCAUGUACUAUUUUCUGGGUGUGUUAUCAUUCUUGGAUGCUUGCUUUUCAUCAUCAAUUACUCUAAAUAUGUUAGUGGGUUUUAUGUCAAAGAAUAAAGCAAUUUCAUUCCUUGGAUGUGCAACACAGAUGCUGCUCUUUGUCACCUUUGGGACCACAGAAUGCUUUCUCUUGGCAGCAAUGGCAUAUGAUCGCUGUGUAGCCAUCUACAACCCACUUCUCUAUUCAGUUAACAUGUCACCCAGAGUCUAUGUGUCACUCAUCACUGCUUCAUAUGUUGGUGGUAUUUCACAUGCUACUUUACACACAGUAGCAACUUUUAGCCUCUCCUUCUGUGCAUCCAAUGAAAUUAGACAUGUCUUUUGCAAUAUCCCUCCACUCCUUGCUAUCUCCUGUUCUGACACGCACAUCAACCAGCUUCUACUCUUCUAUGUCGUGGGUUGUAUUGAGAUACUCACCAUCCUGAUUGUCCUGAUCUCCUACGGUUUAAUUUUGUUGGCGAUUCUGAAGGUGCCUUCUGCUGAAUGGAGGCAAAAAGUCUUUUCCACUUGUGGCUCUCAACUAACUGAAGUGUCAAUUUACCAUGGAACAAUCCUUUUCAUGUAUACGAGACCAAGUUCCAGCUAUGCCUUGGAUCAUGACAUGAUAGUGUCUAUAUUUUAUACCAUUGUGAUUCCCAUGCUGAAUCCCAUCAUCUACAGUUUGAGGAACAAAGAUGUAAAAACAGCAAUAAAAAAAGUGUUUGGGAGAAUAAAGUAAAUUUUUAGCAUUAAAAAUUAAAAAAAUAAAAUCAGGAGUCAUGGCUUGUGUCUCAAUAUGAAGAAGAUAAGAAAAAUGAAAUGUUAGUUUUAACUUAUUUUUGGAGUAUUUUGAAAUAAAGAUCAUAGUCAACCCUUAUCCUAUGCUUCUUUAACACGUACAGAAAAACUGUGCCAUCAAGCUGUUUCUUAGUAUGUUAAUGCUGGUGAAUGUAUGUAUGUGUAGAUGUGUGUGGGUAUACAUACAUAUAUAUAUACACACAUACACAUACAAUGAUUCUGAUGUAUAUAAUAUAGACACACACAUGUACAUGGAUACAAUCUGUUCUUAGAAUAUUUUAUAUUAUUUGCCUCAUAUUUUGGGAAAUAAUAAAAUAAUUGUUUAGUACAGUGUAAUUUAAAACAUUAGAAAAUCUGAGAAAAAAGUUUUAAUUAUUUUUAAAAUAUGAAUCCAGAGUAGUUUGAACCAAUCUUUUUCCAUUUUCUAAUGGAUUUAUACAUCCAGCAAAAUCAGUGAACAACAUAUAGCUAAA